GAGAGAGAGAGAACAAAAGCAUUUUUCCAGAUAUAUGAAUGUUGCAGCUCAGGAUGAAAAAUUUCUUAGCUUGAUUCAUAUUCUGCUUCUGGAAAAAUGAUGUAGAAACAUUGAGGAGUUCAGACCCCGAUGUUGCUGGUUGAAUGGUGAGGCGCCCGACAGAGAGGACAUGUCUUCAGUAUCAUGCAGGAGUAGAACGUUUCCGACUUUAGGAUUUUAGCUUGGGACAGUAGUAAUGAUGAAGUUUGGCUUCCAGAAAGGAAACAGGAACCUUUCAAAAUGCGCGUCUUGGUUCAGCCAGAACGGUUGGCGGUGUGGCACUUCUGCCUGAAGUUUGCUCCUGCUUGUCGAGCUGGAGUUAGCUUUCUGCGCUCCGCUUUGCAGCAGGGGCAAAUGCUCGCCCCGCUUGGCUCGUGGGCUGCGAAGCGGCCUUCCUCGCGAAAGACUGGGAGAAAUCAACGGUUUUACAGAAGAGCGUGUUUGUUUUAAGGUCUCCACAUCGGCAAGAAUGCUAAUCGUUGCUAAUGGCGCCUCCAAAGCGCCAUUGAUGGAUUUGGGACCGGCCCAGCCGUGGUCUGCAUCGGCGCGCUCCCAAUUCUGCGUCCUUUUAAAUCGAUGCCUGAGAGUUACCUCGAAGUUACGUUCAACCUCUUCAUUUGUACCCUUUUUUUUUCUUUUUCUCAGAUGUGUUAUCCGAUUUCCUAGCACGGUCAUCAAAAUCCAGUUCACAUCACUCUACCAUAGAGAGGAAGUGAGAGAGGAAACGGCAUCUCCUCCGCUCCGACCACUCUACCCUCAGAUCUCGCCGCUUAAGAUCCACAUUCCGGAGCCGGAUCUCCGGAGCUUGGUCAGCCCCCUGCCCUCUCCCACCGGCACCAUCAGUGUUCCUAAUUCCUGCCCGGCUAGUCCUCGUGGUGCUGGUUCCUCAGGAUAUCGCUUUACCCACAACGUUACCUCUGACCUCCAACUGGCUGCCGAAUACGCAGCGAAAGCUACUUUGGAACAGCAGACGGAUGCCUCUGGUGGGGACAGCCCAAAGGACGAGUCCAAACCACCGUAUUCCUAUGCCCAGCUAAUUGUUCAAGCUAUCUCGUCAGCUCAGGACAAGCAAUUAACACUAAGUGGAAUCUAUGCCCACAUUACUAAGCAUUAUCCAUAUUACAGAACAGCAGAUAAAGGCUGGCAGAAUUCCAUUCGGCACAAUCUGUCCUUGAACCGAUAUUUUAUUAAAGUCCCCCGUUCUCAAGAAGAGCCUGGAAAAGGCUCGUUUUGGCGGAUAGACCCUCCUUCAGAAGGCAAGCUAGUGGAGCAGGCGUUCCGAAAACGGAGACAAAGGGGGGUGUCCUGUUUCCGAACCCCAUUUGGACCUCUCUCUUCCCGGAGUGCCCCUGCAUCGCCUACUCAUCCCGGCCUGCUUUCUCCUCACACUAGUGGCCUACAGACUCCAGAGUGUGUGUCGAGAGAGGGCUCCCCGAUUCCACAUGACCAUGACUUUGGCUCCAAACUUGCUUCUGUUCCAGAGUAUCGAUAUUCACAAAGUGCUCCUGGAUCCCCCGUAAGUGCCCAGCCGGUGAUCAUGGCUGUUCCUCCCAGGCCUUCUGCGCUGGUGGCCAAACCAGUAGCCUACCUGCCCGCCUCCAUCGUCACCUCUCAGCAGCCUUCAGGCCACGCAGUCCACGUGGUCCAGCAAGCCCCCACUGUAACAAUGGUCAGAGUUGUGACGACUUCUUCAAGCUCAGCCAAUGGGUACAUCCUGACCAACCAGGGGCCGGCUGGUAGCGCCCACGAAGCGGCAGGAGCCGUCCUAGACUUGGCUGGUGAGCCUCGAGGGUUGGAUGAGAAACCCACCAUCGCGUUUGCUGCAAUACCAACUGCCAGUCGGGUCAUCCAGACAGUGGCCAGCCAGAUGGGUCAGGGCGUCCCAGGACAGACGGUCACCAUCCUCCAGCCGGCCACACCCAUGGCCCUCGGACAGCACCAGUUACCUGUCCGCACAGUGACCCAGAACGGAAAGCAUGCAAUUCCCACAAACAGCUUAUCCAGUGGGACUUACGCCCUCACCAACCCAUUGCAAGUUCUUGCAGCUCAAGCAAGUUCGUCCACUCCGGUGGUCAUCAGCCAGACGAGGGAAGCUGGGGUGAAAGAUACCGAAGAGCUUUUGGGUGAGCCCGAUGUCAAACGGCCCCGAAUCGAAGAACCUAGAGCAGUUGCUCCGUUGCAAACUGGUGUCAUCACAUCUGCAGCCCCGUCAGGACAGUCUGCUGGGGAAUGAGGAAGCGGGAUGCUUGGAAAGGCACCCUAAUUUCUGGGGGAAACUUUUUUUUUUCCCUAGCAGAAAUCUUUCCCCCCUGCAACUUUUAACACCUUGAUCAUUUCAGUUGUUUUUUGUUCUUUUUUCUUUUUUAAUCUCCUUUUGAACACUUUCAAGGACAGGCCAGCGUUUGUCAAGAAUGUCGAGGUGCCAAAUGAAUUGGGCAAAAUCUCCAUCUGUCCGGACCCAAGGAUUCUCUUCUGCUUUUUACUUCGGAGACGUCCUCCCUACCUUUCUUCUUUCUUUUUAGAUUUCAGAAGAAACACAGACAAUUUUGAUUGUUAUGACUGCUGGAUUAUCUCUCUCCCCGCCCUUAAUUUUCAUCCCUCCCUUCUUUUCCUUUACGCAUGGUAGUUUAUACGUGAGCAUACUAAAAAUGCAGGACAGAGACUCGAACUCUUCAGGUGGGAGCUUCUGACCUCGAAAACAGGUUUAUUUUUUCACUUUCAAAGGAAAAGACGGGCAUCCUUUUGUAUCUUGGAGCUCCAACCCGUGAACAAUAUUUGCAAAAAGUUCCUCUAGGACAAGGCAAUACGAUACCCUGCCACCUAAAACGGCAGACACUUGUUCAUCUUUCCUUCCCGUUGCCUCUAUGCAGUCUGACUCACGUUCUGACAAUUCGGAUUCACACCCCCACCCAAAGCGGUGGUACCAGAGCACAGUGUAGUUAGUUUAUCCCAAUCUGAUGGCUUCAAAAUGCAUUAGAAGUCCAAUCCCCAGAAUUCUCAGCCUACUGGACAGACAGGGGGAUUCUGGGAAUUGCAGUCCCAGCCUACCUCGUUGGGAUGGCUGAGCGAGACAGCACUUGGCCCACAGUUGCCAUUUGAAGAGCGAGAGAGUGAAAGGAGUUUAUUUCCAUCCUUUGGAACGAUUGUCUGUUAAAUUAAAACAGCCCGUUGUGAACAAGAAGGUCCGAAACUUGGGGACUUUUUAAGAAUUGUUGUACCUGCAGGCUUGUAAAGUGACCAGCUGGGUUCCUUGGCGUCAUUCCUGUGGAUUGGUUUUGAGAGAGAAGGCAUAAGAGUUUUAACGUUUUUAACCUUCAAGGGCAGCGGCACUGUUCCAAGGAGCAUAAGAUCCCCUCUGUGCUGUUACGGUUCAAGUGUUGGACUUGCGUCUAGGGAGACCAGGUUCGAAUGCCAUGAAACUCCCUAGGUAACCUUGGACCAGUCACUGUCUGUUUUAGCCUAACCUACCUCACAGGGUUGUUGUGAGGACAAAGGGGGUGAGGAGAGCUAUGUAUGCCACCUUGAGCUUGGAGGAAGGGCAGAAUAAAAACGCAAUAAAUAAGUAACCCUCAACAUCAUCAUCAUCAUCGCAGUUUUAAGUGUCAGGUCACUUUAAUCACUUCAGAAUGUAGUUUUUCUGCACGGUGGGCAAGAGAGAAGGAAAUCUCGACCCAUUUUCCUCUUUUGCAAGGUUUUGCAAGCCAGUAACCCUAGUGAAUAUCUCUAAUGGCAAGUUUGGAACCUGAGAUAAGGACGGAUCCAAAAUUGAAGGUAAAGUGGAACGGAAUCCCAUUAUGAUAAAUUCUGUGGGUGAGGCAGAGCAUGAGUUCAGAGGGCCAUAGUACAGGUAGUCCUCGACUUACAACCAUUCAUUUAACAACCGUUUGAACUUACAACAGCACUGAAAAAAGUGACGACCGGUCUUCGCACUUAGGACCAUCACUGUGUCCUUGCAGUCACAUGAUCAAAAUUCAGGCAUUUGGCAACCAGCAUGUAUUUACAAUAGUUGCAGUGUCCCGGGGUCACGUGGUCGCCAUUUGUGACCUUCCCAGGGGGCUUCUGACAAGCAAAGUCAGUGGGGGAAGCCGGGUUCACUUAACCGCAGCAAAAACGUCAUAAAAUUAGGUGCAACUCACUUAACCACAUCGCCUAGUGAUGGUCCCAAUUGUGGUCAUAAGUCGAGGACUACCUGUAAGGCAAAAUCAAAACAAACAAAUGUUCAAAAAACUCAGCCUCCUUCUUUCUUUAGCAGCACUUUGGUGCUAAAGGUUCACCGCAGACGAGUGCCAUGGAAAAAAAGGAAUUGCAAAAAGAGAUUUAAUUACUCUCGGUUAAACUGAAUGUCUUCUCAGCACUUUUUUUAAGCACUUAAACCCUCCCAUAUGUUUGUCGUUUUUUUCCCUUUGCAAAUAAUCAUAACCCUAAAGCUCUUUGCCCCCAGAGAGUCCCCGCGCUGUAAUAACUUCAGUUCUCCAGAAGGUCAGUGGCUUCUGUGCCUCCCGCUGAUCUCUGCGAGGGUGGUGGCUGUGUGUCAGGCCAGGCAGGACCGUACCCGGGUUCACGUUCGCUGACUCAGAAGCCCUUGCAAGCAAACAAAUUGCCUUGAUUUUUCUAGGUCAGGCUGUAAGGGACAGCACGCAGAGACGCAGGAACAAGUUACGUCGCAAUUUAAGGAUGAUAGUAUGGGCGUAAUUUGCAAGCUGACCCUCAGCCAUUUAUCUGGACCAUUGAUUUAGUUCCAGCUGGCGGCAGCGGGGUUCGCAGGGGCCCAAGUGCUGGUAAAAAGGGGCGGGGCUUCAAUUGCAGGGGCGGGGCCCCCACUUGACUUCUUUUUCUGACCCUCCUCCCUGCAGAGCCCCCUGGCUGGGGAAGGGAGGGUGAGAAUUGAAGUCCAAAGCAAGCGAAUUAUUUCCAACUGGAAGGUGUAGCAGGAAGCUGAGAAAAAGGGAGAGCGGCGGCCACAAUUUGCUGCUAUAGCACAAGCCAUAAGGGGGGAGAGGGGACCUGAGACUCCAUCCCCCGCCCCGCCAAAGCUCCAUCUCUGAUCAGGGUUCUUGCAAAUUGGUGAUGUGGUUCCCUGCUAUUUUGAGAUGGGAAAUGAGUAAUUGUAGUGUCAAAUGUAGGGUAUCCAUCCAUCCAUCUCUAUCUAUCUAAACACCUAAUUGCUUUCAAAACCAUCCCUCCCCCCCCCC